CCUUAAGAAGCCCAUUAAUGGCGACCAUGAGAACCACACUAACAGUUAGUUUAUUCCUAGCAUUCAUCUCCUUCUUCUCUUUUCUUUCCUCCACCACAGCUGACAUAAACUCAUGGUGCACAAAAACCCCAUACCCCGAAGCUUGCAAAUCUUCCAUGACCACGACUGCCAAAGGCAAUUCUGAUUACAAGAAAAUGAUCAUAAAGGCCGCCAUGGAUCAAACCAUUCUUGCCCAGACCCAGACAGCUUCACUCGGAUCGAGUUGUCGCAACGAGAAGGAGAAGACUGCGUGGGCUGAUUGUAUGGAGCUUUACGAGAACUCCGUCCUCCAACUCAACUCCACCGUCGACCCUUACAACAACUGCACCGACUUCGAUAAGCAGACUUGGUUAAGCACAGCCCUCACUAACCUCGACACUUGCAGAGCUGGCUUCAUUGAGCUUAAUGUCUCCGACCAUGUUCUUCCUCUCAUGUCUAACGAAGCUUCCAAGUUGAUCUCAAACUCCUUGGCUGUUAACAAGGCUGGAGAACCCCAGGAAGAGCAAACUUAUCAAAAUGGGUACCCAACUUGGGUGUCUCCGGGUGUCCGCAAGCUUUUACAGUCAAAGUCUAUAAAAGCUAACCUCACUGUAGCACAAGAUGGGUCAGGGAACUACCGUAACAUCACAGCUGCACUUGAUGCUGCAGCGAAGAUAAAGAGAGGAAGUAAGAGGUUUGUGAUUUAUGUGAGGGAAGGUGUUUAUGAGGAGAACCUUGAUAUUGGAAAAAGAUUGAAGCACGUUACGCUUAUUGGAGAUGGCCUGCGAUAUACCAUUAUCACUGGCAAUAGAAGCGUUGCAGGAGGUUCUACCACCUUCAGAUCUGCAACAGUUGCUGUGACGGGAGAAGGAUUCAUCGCAAAAGGAAUCACAUUCCGAAACACAGCAGGUCCCCAGAAUAGUCAAGCAGUUGCACUCCGAUCCGGCGCCGAUAAAUCGGUCUUCCAUCGGUGUGGCUUUGAGGGAUACCAAGACACUCUCUAUGCUCAUUCCCAACGUCAAUUCUACAAAGAAUGUUACAUUUAUGGAACAGUAGACUUCAUCUUUGGUAACGGAGCAGUAGUGCUCCAAAACUGUAUGAUCUAUGCCAGAAAGCCCAUAACUGGCCAGUCUAAUACAGUGACAGCCCAGGGGAGAACUGACCCAAAUCAGAACACUGGGAUCUCAAUCCAUGACUCUAGAGUCAUGGCUAGUCCAGAACUCGUGCAAGUGCAGAGCUCGGUUCAGACUUAUCUGGGCCGGCCAUGGAAGGAGUACUCUAGAACUGUUUACCUCCAAACAUAUAUGGAUUCAUUGAUAGAUCCUGCUGGUUGGUUGGCUUGGAAUGGUACUUUUGCUCUCAAUACUUUGUAUUAUGGAGAGUAUAAGAACUCUGGGCCAGGAUCUUCUACAUCUGGGAGAGUCAAUUGGAGUGGUUACCAUAUCAUAAAAAAUGCAUCUGUGGCAACAAAGUUCACCGUCGGGAAAUUUAUUAACGGCAAUUCGUGGUUGCCGGCAACCGGAAUCCGGUACACUUCCGGCCUUUGAUGAGUCUCUUUUGGCAAAACUGGUUGUGAAUUAUUGAUUAUUCUGUUCAAAAUUAGAAUUCAUUUAUUAUUUUCUAGCAAAUUGUUGUAACAUCCU